GGCAGUCAGUCGCAAACUGGGACGCCGUCUCUCUCACCGCCUUUCCUACCAACCGCCUUCGUCGCCCCCAUGAGUACGACAAACGUCCCUUGCCAGAGUAAGACAUGCCCAAACGGGCAUCCCGCUUCGAAGCUGGAGUGCCCGACAUGCCAUAAAUUAGGAAUCAAGGGUUCAUUCUUCUGCGGACAAGAAUGCUUCAAGUCAGACUGGAAAACGCACAAGUUAAUCCACGAUAUUGCUACCCCGAGACAACCGCUACUGGACGAUCCCAACAUCAACAGAGAUGGUACCUUUAACCCGUUUGGUAGCUUCAAAUUCACGGGAUCCCUGCGACCAGUGUAUCCAUUGUCACCCACACGACAUGUCCCUGAACACAUCCCAAGACCAGAUUACGCUGAAGAUGGUCAGCCAACCUCAGAAAGCAGACGUGCUGGGCAGCCCCCCAAAAUCCUCACGAAGGAGGAACAAGAGAAGAUACGGACCGUCUGCAGACUAGCCCGAGAGGUCUUGGACAUCGCUGCCUCACAUGUACGACCCGGCAUUACGACAGACGAGAUCGACGAGAUCGUCCACAACGAGACUAUCAAGCGCAAUGCAUAUCCAUCACCCCUGAAUUAUCGCGGGUUUCCGAAAUCUGUUUGCACGUCCAUCAACGAGGCCAUUUGCCACGGUAUCCCUGACAAGCGCAAACUCCAAGAAGGCGACAUCAUCAACAUUGAUGUUACCCUGUAUUAUGACGGCUUCCACGGUGAUUUGAACGAGACAUACCCUGUGGGACGCGUCGACGACGACUGGAAGAAACUCGUGCGUGUUACCCGUGAAGCACUCGACGAGGCGAUCAAAAUCUGCAAGCCUGGCGCGCUCUUCCGCGACCUGGGCAAAGUCAUUGAACCUAUCGCCCGUGCAAACGGUUGCGCUGUCGUGCGCACAUAUUGCGGACACGGAAUCCACGAGUUGUUCCACUGUGCACCCAACGUCCCUCACUAUGCCAAGAACAAGGCUGUUGGUACGAUGAAAGCUGGAAUGGUAUUCACCAUCGAACCCAUGAUCAACCUUGGUCACAACUGGGACCUCGUCCACUGGCCAGACAACUGGACCGCGACUACGGUCGACGGCAAACCCAGCGCGCAAUUUGAAGAUACGCUACUGAUCACGGAAACCGGCGUAGAGAUACUGACGGCCGGGAAACGAAGAGAAGACCUGUACAGUUAGGGUUUGCUUGCCGGUCAGGUAACUGUAGCAAGCUUGUGCUCAUAGUGAUGCCGUUUAUCGGGUCUGUGUCAUUACAUUCGCUGCAACGAGGAAAGUUUUGUAGGCGGCC